CGAACCUGAUAGGCUUCAUUUGGGCAAACACAAGCUUCGGAGCUUCGGUGUCAGAUGAGACGUCUAUUCGUGAGUUAGCAGCAAAGUUAGCAUUGAAUUUAGCAGUUAGCAGUGAGCUAAGGGCUCAGUAUGGACGUGGAGUUUGCGGUGUUGCUGCCUCGUGUGUGUGACGCUCUGGCGGACUCAGUGAAGCCUCUGACUGAUGACACCAGCCUGGAGAAACUGCUGGACUGGUUUACAAGCUUCACCAAGGCUGGAGGAUCCCUGCUCGAGUUCUGUCCAUGUCUACUUGAAUUCAUAUCCACAGUGAUUCACAACACAUCUGCACACCCCGCUGUCCUCGCCUUCGCUCUGAAGCUCACUGGUUUAAUUGGUGCCACGCCAGAUGGCUUCAGCAUGCUUCAAGAGUUCUCCAUUCUUGACCUGGUAUUUAACCAUCAGCACUGGGAAGAAACAGGACUGUGGGAGGAUCCCAGUAUCCGGAUUGGUUGGAUCCAAGGAUUAAAGAGCCUGCUGCAGCACCAAAAGGCUCUAAACAUCUUAUUAAAAACAGAUUUCCUUGGUGUGCUUCUUCAGCUUCAGACUGAUUCCAGCAUAUUUGUUGCCUCAGCUGCCAAUCAGUCUCUUGUCCACAUCCUGGUCUUCUGUCAGCCAGAUUCCUCCGCAGGAUGUAAUGGUGUUUAUAAGAAGGAAGAGGACGACAUGUUAGCACCUGUUUCUUUGGACAUAGUAGAAACCAGUGCUGAGUAUGCUGCUGUCAUCACUGAAAUCACAAACUACCUCAGGGAGUCACUCGUUCCCCAUGAAAACAGCAAGCUUCAUCAGAGUCUGCAGAGUCUCAAGCUGCUGGCACUGUUCCUACACCAGGUCAGACCUCCUCUCAGACAGAAGCUACUCAGGACAUUUGGACCCUCUCUGGAGACCCUGGUGCAGGCAGGUUACAGCCACCUCACGCUGCCUCUGAUGGAUGUUAUUCUGGCUGCACACAGCAGCUCUAAUUGCGCAGAAUCAAACCCACAUUUCUGCCGUCUCCUCUCAGCCAUGUUGAAUGUGAACCAACCCUUUGACCUCAUUCACGCUGCAGCUGCUUUUCUCCGCCGGGACCUAAUUGAUGCUGUCCACACAGGUCGAGCUGUGAGAAUACUGCUGCUGCCUCUGGAUAUUAUUACGGGCCAGAGUCUACUGGACAUGCACACAUCUGAUCACCUUCGGGUUUCAGUGGUGGAGCAGCUGCAGAGUAAAACCUUGUGCAUCUCCCUGCUAUGCGCCUGUCUGACAAGCACACAGCAGAUCACACUCACGCCUCCUGACUUCCUCCCCUGUCCUCCGCUUUUAAUCGUCACUGCGGUUUUGUCACUGUUACGGAUCUGCAGGGGCCACAUAUCAUCACCCUCAUCUGCCAGCUGCAGGGAGGUUUUCAGGAACAUCAUCGGCAGUGGCAAAGUUCAGAAAUGUGCUCUGGAGACUCUGGCAGCUCUUAGUGACAGUCCAGGAGCAAAGGAGAAGAUGAAUGAGGCGUUCACUGUUCUGAUAGAAUAUUUGAACCAUCCUGACUGUGACGCUAUUGUGCUUCACAAGUCCUACCAGGCCGUAGUAAAAUGGGUGGGUGUCUGCACGGACACGUCCUGUAUAAAAGAUGAACUUAAACAAGAUCUCAUCACAGUCGUGAAGAAGCGUGUGUGCGACAUGCGUUGGGAGGUGAGAGAUUCAACUGUGGAGUGUGGAAAGCUGGCAAGUGUGCGUUUCCACGCAAAAUCACCUGAGCGGGUGUGCAGUGCCUCUGAAGCUCUGCUGGGCUGCUGUUCCACUCCUCUCCUUGUGGAGGCGAUAAAGGAUUCAGAGAGUUACGUGAGAGCCAGCGCCAUCUCUGCCCUGGCACAGACGCUGGCACAUGGCUGGCAGCAGGGGGCAACGCUAACACGUGAGCAGAUCGACCUAGUGAGCGUGCUGCUGGAAAUCCUCUCCAAAGACACGGAGGGUUUUGCCAGGAGGGCGGCCGUACAGUACUUCAUCACGUGGUUAUCUUCAUGGCCGUCACUCACACCUCCAUCGUCAUCUCUGCUGAUGAAAUCUGUGCCUUCGGUGCUCUCGCAAGGAAGCGCUGACCUGGACUGGGAGGUCAAGGUUCGUACGCUGGAGCUCGCAGAGCUGCUGCUGGAGGAAGCCUUGAAAGGUCAACGGCCACACCCAUACGCUGUGGUUCCUCAUCAGGCCUGCACGCAGCGCUCACACACGCUUGGACAGAAUCAUGCAGGCCCUGAUGGCGCAGAGUCCGAUCUGAACGUUACGUUGCGCAAUCUGGUGGAGCAGGGAGUGAUCGCGGCAUUGCUGAGUGGUCUGGUCGACUGUGAUAGACCUGUCGGUCUGAAGGCCUGCAGACUGCUGAUAACACUCAGAGACACAGUCUGCGUCCUGAACACACCUGUUGCCAUGGCAGCAGUGACCACAGUGUCCUGUGAGCUCCAUGCAUGUGGCUGGGGGCUGGAGAUCAGACGCAUUCUGGACAUGCAGAAGUGUGAUUGUCGUGUGGAGAGAUCAGAGGGUCUCGAUGGUCCAGGAAAGGUCGAUCCUGAAGAGGACGGCUGCGUCCACAUUGGUAUAUGUGAGUUGUUGUGGACUUUGUCUUUGGACGAGAGGUUGGCUGUUCUGACUCAAAGCAGUGACCACGUUCAUAACUCUGCCGUCUCUCUGCUGCAGGACAUACUGACCACUAGUGUCGCACACACUCAUCCAGACACACAACCAGGAGAAGGUGUGAUAGUGGACUGCUACUGACACAGACUGACGGUGGACAGUGACCGUAUCACUCUGUAACACUGUGGACAGCUGACUGUGUAUUUUUAUCAAAAGCCGUCCUGCCUGUGUGAGCGAAAGCCGCUACAGUGGAUGUGACUGUAAAAAAGAAAUGGGAUGACUACACGGGAUGAUGGUUACACUCAGUAACAGCACCCGUGGGCACGAAGACAGUGAGAGCCACGCCCAUCUGACAUUUGACUUGUCCUUCACCUAAAUGACUGACCUCUGGCUGACCUUACCAAGGCAGUUAUAGAAUACACAUCUGGUCCAAAUAGACUUGAAAAUCUAAUUCCUUCACCUUGACCUUUGACAGAAUUAAUUCUUUAAGGGCAGUUUUGGGGUCAGCCAUCGCUGUCACACCAAGCUUGGUGGAAAUCAACUUAAAGGACCUGGGAAGAGUACAUGACCUUGUCCCUUAUGAUUGACCUUUGGCAGUUUUGACCUUCUUGCUGGGCAAUUCCAGAAUCCACCUAUAUACGUAUUCCAGGUUUGGUACAAAUUACAGUGAAAACCAAAUUUUGACCUUUCACCCCAAAGACCUUGACCCCAGUAACUGACCUGUGGUAUAUUUGAUUUGCCCACCUCCAUGUGUCCCACAUCUGGGGGAUGUCAGAGUGAAAAAUCUAAAUUUUGACCCAAAUGAUUUCGACCUUUUACCAAGACUAACCCUUGACCUUCAUCCCCUGAUGAUGUUUGAUGGAAAUCUCCUAAAGGACGUGAGAGACAUCAGGCAACAAACAAACACUGCUCAGAUUGUAGUAUGAUACUGCUGCAGUUUUUUAAACACAUUUGUUAUAGAUUCUGUUGUCUUGCCACAGUUUCCCCCUCCCCUGGUGGUUGGUUUUGCACUCAAGCACUGAAAAGCCAAACAAUGUUCUUUUGAAUUCCAGCAGGGGGCAGUCACGGGUUAUGGUCAACCAGGUUACACAGUGCUCUAAUUAACUCAUUACUUAAUCGUGUCACUUCUAACAGCAGCUUCGUCUUGAGGAAGCACUUCUCUGUCCUAUUUUUGUUUUGUGUCAUUUAGUUGUCGUCGUCCUUGCAACUUUAAUGCUAUUUAAUUGUGACUGUACAUAGUGUGAAAACAUUUCUUUCAGUGCAGUGUGAAAUUAUUGGAGCAGACACACGGUGACAGAAUUAGAUCAUCUGCCACGUUGAACAUCAUGUUCACAUUCAUUUUUUUAAUGUUACAUUUUAAAUAAAUAAAACAACAACAAUAUAACAUACAGUUUCAACUAUUCCUGAAACAUGUGCUUGCAAAUAAAGAAAAGGAGAGAAGAGACAUAAAUCACUAAGUCACAAAUACAUCUGCAUAUAAAGUGGAAACUGGAAAGUAUUCACAGCACUUCACUUUUUCCACAUUUUAUUUUACAGCCUCAUUUUUUCCCCUCAAAAUUCUACUCACAACACCCCAUAAUGACAACAUGAAAAAGGUUUUUCUGAAAUUUUUGCAAAUUUAUUUAAAAAAACUAAAAAAUUACAUGUACUUAGCUAUUCAGGCCCUUUGCUCAAUACUUUGUUGAUGCACCUUUGGCAGCAAUUACAAUCUCAAGUCUUCUUGUAUAUGAACCGUCACGUCUGAGGUCAAGAGCACUCUGGAGCAGGUUUUCAUCCAGGAUGUCUCCGUACAUUGCUGCAUUCAUCUUUCCCUCAGUCCUGA